ACAUGCAAAGAAAUGAGGGACAUUCUUUCCAUGUUUUAUUUUACAAUUUUUGCUCUGUCAGAUUUUGAAGUUGUAAAAUCAACAUGCAGAAUGAUGGAGAACUUUGAAUUAAAUGGGCUUUAUAAAGAUGGAGACAUAAUGCUAGGAGGAAUAUUUGCAGUUAACUUUAAAACUUCAAUGCCAGAUCAAUCUUUCAGAGCUAAACCAGAAAAAUGGAAUUGUACAAGUUUUGAUUUUUCAGGUUUUCAGCUUACACAGACAAUGAUCUUUGCUAUUGAAGAAAUCAACAGAGAUCAGUCAUUGCUUCCUAAUAUAACACUUGGUUAUAAAAUAUAUGACAAUUGUGUAAAGCUGCCUGUUGCCUUAAGAGCAACGGUUUCCCUAAUAAGUGGACACAACAGUAUUUCCACAGGUUAUGGUUGUACAGGUCCUCCUCCUGUUCUGGCUGUCAUCGGGGACCCUGGAUCGACACAUUCUAUUGUUAUCUCUAGAAUACUGAGCCUUUUCCAGAUGCCUUUGGUCAGCUACUAUGCCACAUGCUCUUGUCUGAGCAAUAAACAAGAAUAUCCAACAUUCUUCAGAACAAUACCAAGUGAUACAUUUCAAGUGAAAGCAGUGAUUCAAAUUAUUAAACAUUAUGGUUGGACUUGGGUUGGGGCAAUAGCAAGUGAUGAUGACUAUGGUCAAAAUGCAGUUAAAACCUUUCAUGAAGAAUUUAGUAAUUUUGGCUGUAUUUCAUUUUUGGAGACCAUCCCUAAAAUCAAUGAAAAAGACAAAGUACUACAGAUAGUCAACACGAUCAAACAAUCAACAGCAAAAGUUAUUAUUGUAUUUUCAUCUGAGGCAGACAUAACUUCUUUGGUUCGAGAAGUUGUUCUUCAAAAUAUUACUGGCAGACAGUGGAUUGCAAGUGAAGCAUGGAGUACAUCUCCAGUUCUAGCAAGUAUGGAAAAUUUUAAUUCAUUUGGUGGAACCAUUGGCAUCGCUAUUCGCAGAGGAAAUAUAAAAGGGCUUGAAAAUUUUCUCCUUCAAUUAAAACCAAAAUAUGAAUCCAAUAACAAUUUACUUAUUCAGUUCUGGGAAUCAUUGUUUGGAUGCAAAUUCAGUUUCAAUUCAACGUCUGUACCUGUUAAAAAAGCUUGUACAGGAUUAGAAGAUAUUAGAAGUAUGAAAACAGCUUUUAAUGAUGUAUCAGAAUUGCGAGCAUCGUACAAUGUCUAUAAAGCAGUGCAUGCUUUGGCAGAAGCCCUAAAUAAUUUAAUGACAUGUGAAAAGGGUGAAGGGCCAUUUGAAAACAAUAUGUGUGCAGACAUCAGAAAUAUACAGCCUUGGCAGGUUCUGCAUUAUCUGAAGGAAAUCAAUUUCACAAAUCAUUUAGGGGAAAGAGUUGCUUUUGAUAAAAAUGGAGAUGCAAUUGCAAUUUAUGAUAUAAUGAAUUGGCAACUCAAAGACAAUGAAACAGUAUUUAUUAAAACUGUUGGAGUUUUUGAUGAAUCAGCUGGCCCAGGAAAUGAACUUUUGCUGCUUGAAGAUACUAUAUUUUGGAACUUUGAAUCAAAAACGAUUCCAACAUCAGUCUGUAGUAUAAAAUGUCCACCUGGCAAAAGGAAAGCACUGAGGAAAGGGGAACCCAUUUGCUGCUAUGACUGUGUGUUAUGUGCAGAUGGAGAAAUUAGCAACCAAACUGAUUCCUCUGAGUGUAUUAAAUGCCUCCCUGACUACUGGUCAAACAGUGAUAGAAACCAAUGUGUGAUGAAAGAAGUGGAGUUUCUUUCAUAUGAAGAUGUAAUGGGAAUUAUACUGACUACUAUUGCUCUGAUUGGAGCCAGUCUUUCAGUGGGUGUACUGGGAAUUUUCAUUCACCACAGAAACACACCGGUUGUAAAGGCCAAUAAUGCUGAACUAAGCUUUUUGUUGCUUGUGUCCCUCACUUUUUGCUUUCUUUGCUCCUUAUGCUUUAUUGGGAAACCCUCAGACUUGACAUGUAUGCUGAGACAUGUCAUUUUUGGAAUUAGCUUUUCUUUCUCUGUUUCUUGUAUUCUUGUUAAAACUAUUGUAGUAAUAAUGGCAUUUAAGGCUACCCUUCCAGGUAAUAACAUAAUGAAAUGGUUUGGAGUUGCACAGCAAAGAAGCACAGUUAUCCUAUUUACUUUCAUCCAAUCUGUAGUUUGCACAGUUUGGCUAACAAUAUCUCCCUCAGUUCCCAUUAAAAAUAUGAAUCAUCAAAAUUCCAAAGUUAUACUAGAAUGUGCCAUUGGCUCAAUGACAGGAUUUUCAUUCUUGCUUGGAUAUAUAUUUCUUUUGUCCGUUGUAUGCUUCUUACUAGCCUUUCUAGCAAGAAAUCUCCCAGACACCUUUAACGAAGCCCGAUUCAUCACUUUCAGUAUGCUCAUCUUCUGUGCAGUCUGGGUAGCUUUCAUCCCCGCUUAUGUUAGCACACCUGGGAAAUACACUGUAGCUGUGGAAGUGUUUGCAAUUAUAACAUCAAGCUUUGGUAUUCUUUUUUCUAUAUUUACACCAAAGUGCUACAUUAUUUUACUUAAGCCAGAUAAAAAUACUAAAAAAUCACUUCUGGAAUGGAAAAAGGAUAUCAAAUAAUAUGGCAAAAGUGAAACAGGCUUCAAAUGAUUUUGUUUUAGCAUUAACCAUAAAAUAUGCUGUACUGUGGACAUAUUGUAUGGUUCAAAAGAUAUUUGUGUAUAUUCAUUAAAAUGGAUUCUGUUCUUAAUGUUGAUAUUCGAUGAGAGUUUGAGGGGAUAACUGAUAUUGUAAAAUUUAUUCUUAUGCUAAUCUAAAUGUAAACAAACAUUUUUUUUCUUCAGUAACUUUUUUACAUAUUAUUAUUUGUUCUAUUGAACUUUAA